AUGUUGGACCAGCGACAUAUCCAGAAUAUGAGCGAUGCGAAAUCCCUUCAACACCACUGGGGUUAUGCAGACAGAGCCAUUCCUUGUACCAAUGAUGCCGGCUCGUGCAGCUAUCUGGACAGUGUGUAUCACUCGCAUGACUUGGGUAUGCUCUACUGCGGUAUUCUUUGGGCAAGCAUUUUGGGCAUCUUCUUUGUUUGGGGUGUAGCGCGGCGCCUCUCGUCUACGUCGCAAAAGUCGCCCAAUACGAUACGUCGCAUUCAGAGGACCGUAGCCUCGUUCGGUCGCCAAUAUCUACUCUCCGACUGCCUUGGGGCGUUGUUUGGACGAGUCACCCGCCUUCAGGUCCUGGUCUUGGUCAUGUUGACCGGGUAUCUGACCAUAUGGACAUUCGUCGGCAUCACCUACAAGAAGUGGGUUACCCCCGUGAAGAAGAUGCCUGGAGUUUACAACACGCGCACUGGUUUGGGUCCGUUUGCAGAUCGCGUGGGCGUGCUCGCGUAUGCCUUGAUACCAUUUUCAGUAUUGCUGUCUUCGCGGGAAUCUCUUCUUUCUCUGACGACUGGUAUUCCAUACCAACACUUCAACUUCUUACACCGCUGGCUCGGUUACAUCGUAUACGUGCAGUCAGCAAUCCAUACGAUCGGUUGGUGUGUUGUGGAGAUGAGACUGUAUCAACCGCAACCGGAGACGGGCCUUGAAUGGAUCCAGCAACGAUACAUGAUCUGGGGCGUGAUUGCGAUGUUUUUGUUGACUGUCAUCGUCAUUUUAAGCACCCCAUGGGCCAUUCGAAAGACCGGCUAUGAGUUCUUUCGCAAGUCGCAUUACGUGGUCGCCAUGCUGUUUGUCGGAGCCUGCUGGGGACACUGGUCGAAACUCAACUGUUACCUCAUAUCUUCCCUCGUCGUAUGGCUCAUCGAUCGGGGCAUACGACUGGCCAGGACAGGUCUGCUGCACUACAACUAUCUGGACGGUGGCAGAAUGGGAUUUAGAAGUGCCAAGGCUCAUAUAUCUUGCUUUCCGGACGACGUCAACGGCGCUGUGCUACGGCUCGACUUCACUCAUCCUCAGAACGCCUGGGGAGUCGGUGCGCAUUUCUACCUUUGCUUCCCUGAAGUGAGCAUAUGGCAGGCGCACCCAUUUACGCCCUUCGGCGAAGCCCGCGACAAUUACGGGCAUCAGGAGCACUCAUAUAUCAUCAGGGCUAAAAAGGGCGCAACCAGAACUCUCACAGAUCUUUCUGCGGCUAAGGAGGCAUGCGCCGUCGAGGGACAGAAGGCUGCCUCGACCACGCCAGUGAUAUUGACAGGUCCUUAUGGCGGCUCCAUCAUCAGACAUUUGCUGCCAGACACGAACGUUCUCUGCGUGGCAGGUGGGACAGGCGUGACUUUUGUCUUACCGGUACUGUUCAAUCUCAUCCGGCAGCCUCCCCGGCCCGAUCGAAAUAUCGAAUUCAUCUGGGCUAUCCGAAGGAACGACGAUUUGGCGUGGAUUCAGGCCGAGCUGAAAGCCUUGCAAGAAGCGCGGCGAAGUCACCAUCUGAAGAUUCGCAUUCAUGUCACCAGAGAGACUGGUCAGAACAAAGCUGAUGGUGAAACUUCAGAACCACCUACGAAAGGCGCUGCAGGCAUGUCCUCAAGUGUAAUCUCAUCGGAAAAGUCAAGCGCACUGGAACUUUCUCUCCAGCACGCGUUCGAGGAGGAAAGUGCAGCGUCAAGGCAUCCCGAUCUCGAUUUCCUUGUGCGCGACUUUGUAGGGACGACGGUUCGCGGAUCCACAUCGGUUUUUGCGAGUGGACCAGGUGGCAUGGUGUCGGAUCUACGGAGGAUCGUGGCUGAUUGCAACUCCGGCACCAAGGUCUGGGGAAGGAAUGAGCGGUACGAUGUGAAACUUAUUUGUGAUGAUCGGCUGGAAUGGUGA